AUGUUAUUAAAUAUUGUAAACUGUUUCCAAUUCCUAUACAAAGACCUAUGUACAACAAUAUUAAGCAUGUUACUAGGCUAUGCAGUCUAUUAUUUUGUUAAAUUUUACCUGAAAAUCAAAAGCCUACCGCCCGGUCCCAUACCUCUGCCCAUUGUGGGCAACCUAUUGCGCAAAUUAGUGUCUAAUGAUAAAUACACUGAUAUUUUAUUUGCCGAUUUUGGGCCUAAAUGGCAGGCCUUACGACGUGUGGCACACCUGGCGGUCAGGAAAUACUCGACAACCGAUCAAUUGGCGUAUUUGGUCAGUGAUGUGGUCGACCAGA